AUGGCUGAACAAGAACAAGAGAGCGCCCGAGUUAGAGCCGAGUUGGACGAGAUCAAGGGAGGCAUGUCCCAGAUGCGAGAGAUGCUGCAAGCUUUAACCUUCAGGUUUGAGAUUCCACAAGCGACCGUGAUUUCAGAGACCACGGGCCCAGCAGUAGAAGUCCCGCCUCAGAGGACGUUACCCUCAACCCUUCCUCCGUAUGGGCUACCUUAUGACUUCGUCCCCCGAGCGGAGGUGGUGCACGAAAUGGGGCAAUUUGUCCAACAAGCUGUGCCAUUACCAGUUUACACCGACGCACGUCCAGUCAUCCAUACUGUGGUUCCACCAGCCGCCUAUGCUAGGCAUGUUCCUCAUUAUGAAGAUCAAAACCACAUGUAUCAGACUGUCGAUUCAACAGUUGCCGGUGACGAAGUAAGGCUUGAGGAUUUCAGAGAGGUAAAGGAGAACAUGCAGCUCCUUGAGAAGAAGUUCCGAGAUCUAGAAGGAGACCACGUCUUUGGAUUGGCUGCCAAAGAAAUGUGCCUGGUGUCCGGGUUGGUGAUUCCAGCCAAAUUCAAAACUCCAGACUUCGACAAAUACAAGGGGCAUACUUGUCCAAAGAGCCAUCUCAUCAUGUAUUAUCGAAAAAUGGCUGCACACGUGGAAGACGACAAGCUGAUGAUCCAUUGCUUUCAAGACAGUUUGAGUGGGGCUCCUUCCAAAUGGUAUCUAAGUCUGGAUCAGAACAGGAUCAGGUGUUUCCAAGACCUGUUAGACGCGUUCAUAAAACAUUACAAAUAUAAUAUGGACAUGGCGCCUGACAGAAGACAGUUGUAG